AUGUUCCAUUAUCUCACAUUGACCUUGACAGUUUUGCUCACUUGUAAUAUUUAUGCCGAUCAAAUAGAUAAUGGGUUACGAGAAGAUCCACUCAUCAGAUGUGGUAGCGAGAGUUUAUCGAUAAAUUUUAAAACACAAGGAGCAUUCGAAGGUCAUGUGUAUGUGAAAGGACAUUAUAGUAUGAAACAAUGUCGAACAGAUGCAACUCUCGAACCGAACGUCAACCUGACCGUUUCAUAUUCCGCAUGCGAUGUCAUCCGUCAACGAUCGAGCAACCCAAAGGGAAUCAUGAUGACUGCAACAGUAAUUAUAUCGUUUCACCCAAUGUUCAUAACCAAAAUUGACAAGUCUUACAAAGUUCAAUGCUUUUACGCGGAAUCUCAAAAAACUGUGACGCAGCAAUUAAAUGUGGAUAUUGCCAAAGACCAAGAAAAGAAAAUAUUCGUGAUGGUUGGCGAUGAGGAGGGUGAUACCGAGAAUCAAACUUCAGGAGACCACAAGAAAUUGCAUAAAUUGAAUGAUCCUUCCACCGAAGAAAGGAUAAACUACAAUGUUCCACUGCCAGAUUGCAAAUAUCGAGUUUUGAAUGAAGCGAAAAGUGAAGAAGUGGCAUUUGCAACAGUCGGACAAAUCGUGUAUCAUGAGUGGUCGUGCGAGGCUCCUGGAAACAAUCAAACCUCUCCGUUUUGUGUCACGGUGCACUCUUGCAACGUGAAGGAUGAGACGGGCAAAGAAGUGCAGAUUUUUGACGAAAACGGUUGCGCCGUUGACAAGUACUUAAUUAACAAUUUGGAGUACAGAAGUGACCUGACCGGUGGUCAAUUAUCUCAGGUUUUCAAAUUCGCGGACCAGCCCUCGGUGUUUUUCCAAUGUAAAAUACGUCUUGGGUUGAAAGACGAAGAUGGAUCGUGUACACGUUCCUCGGAUCAUUGCCCGGUGACUCUUCGUGGAAAACGUUCCACUAGCACCGGGGACAACGAUUUCGAUGUGAUCUCUCAAACCAUGACAAUUCUGGAUAUAAAUGAGCCAACUUCAUCUCCCCAAAAAAAGAACACCGAACUGCAAUUUUCCAAAUUAUUCGUCUCAUCAGAUGUUUGCGUAUCUCCAACGACUGCAUCAGGAAUCGUCGUAUUUGUUUCAUCUCUUCUUCUCGUCUGCCUUAUCUCCUCUUUCUUAUUAUGCUUCCGACAUCAAACUGUAAAAGUCAAACUUGCUCCAUAA